AGUACUGAAUGUGCGAGUGCAAUAUUUGGGUCAACUUAAAACUUAAAACACAAUGUUUUUGCAUAACACAAAACUGUGCAGACUGGCCGGGAACAUGGCGACCUGUGUACGCCACCUGAGCGGCCAGAAACCUAAGACUGCUAUUUUAAUGCUCAACAUGGGUGGUCCUACUCAUACGGACCAGGUGCACGACUACCUCCUCCGCAUCAUGACUGAUCGGGACAUGAUCCAGCUGCCAGUGCAGAGUCGUCUGGGUCCGUGGAUCGCUCAGCGCAGGACGCCCGAGGUGCAAAAGAAGUACAAGGAGAUCGGCGGCGGAUCCCCCAUCCUCAAGUGGACCGAGCUCCAGGGCCAGCUCAUGUGUGAGAAGCUGGACAGGAUCUCUCCGGAGACGGGGCCGCACAAGCACUACGUGGGCUUCCGCUACGUCAAUCCGCUCACUGAAAACACGCUAGCCGAGAUCGAAAACGACAAGCCAGACCGCAUCGUGCUUUUCUCGCAGUAUCCACAGUACAGUUGCGCCACCUCGGGAUCCAGUUUUAACUCCAUCUUCACUCACUACCGCAGCAAUAACCUGCCCUCGGACAUCAAGUGGAGCAUCAUCGACCGGUGGGGCACCCAUCCACUCCUGAUCAAGACCUUCGCUCAGCGAAUUCGCGAUGAACUGGCCAAGUUUGUGGAGACAAAGCGUAACGAUGUGGUUAUCCUCUUCACUGCCCAUUCCCUUCCACUGAAGGCCGUGAGCCGUGGCGACGCAUAUCCUUCGGAAAUUGGAGCCAGUGUGCACAUGGUGAUGCAGGAACUGGGUCAGACAAAUCCCUACAGUCUGGCCUGGCAAUCGAAAGUGGGCCCGCUGCCUUGGCUGGCACCAGCCACCGACGAUGCCAUUAAAGGCUAUGUUAAACAAGGCCUGAAGAACUUCAUCCUGGUGCCCAUCGCCUUUGUUAACGAGCAUAUCGAGACGCUACACGAGCUGGAUAUCGAGUACUGCGACGAGUUGGCGAAAGAGGUGGGCGUGGAGGAGAUCCGCCGGGCGGCCGCCCCCAACGACCACCCGCUGUUCAUUGAUGCCCUGAGCAACAUUGUUGCGGAUCACCUAAAGUCCCAGCAAUCAGUCAACCCCAAGUUCCUGAUGCGUUGCCCCAUGUGCACCAAUCCAAAGUGCAGGGAAAGUAAGAGCUGGUACCGCCAGCUGUGUACAAACUAGGAAACCGAGGCACUUCGCGAGAUCAGGAUGCACUGCAUGACGGGCAUUCCAAGUGCUCCAGCUGGGAGCCAACAUUUAUGCAUUCAUCUGGGUUUAUGGGGGAUUGGAUUUCAAACACUGGCUUUCAUUACUAUUCGCUGGCAAUAAAGCAAAUUAAAGACACUGCUAAACAGUUGAAAUAACA